AAUCCAAUAGCUGCCAUCACCACGCCGGCCUCGUCGACUUUCCUUUCGACUACUGUCGCCCAAGCCGGAACCACGACUCCAGAUGCCGCCCAGUCGUCCUUUUCGUCCUUCUCGUCCGCCGUCGCAUCUUCAGUAUCGUCCGAAGUCUUUUCAUCAGCGUCCCAGGUGGCUAGUACUGUGACCGUCGAGCCGUCCUCAACCAACGUCGUCACUUCGGUCGUAUCUGCCUCUUCACGACCUGCUUCAACCCAACUCAUCACCUCCGUCGUCACUGAAAGCGCUUCGAAUGGCGGUUCAUCCGCCGCCCCCGUCACAGUCGUCGUGACUUCCGUCUAUAUGCCUGAAACAACCACUACCGCUAAAGGCUCUUCGACCUCUUCUGCAGCCAGUUCUUCAUCUUCAGCAGCUGGAAGUCUACCAAACGGCACUACUGGAAAGGGCUCCAACAACAGCCAUGGACUCAGCACUGGUGGCAAAACCGCUAUUGCCGUCGUGGUCCCUGUUGUAGUGGUUGCACUGCUGGUUCUUGCUGGCCUGUUCUUCUGGAGGAAGCGCAAGCAAGGAAAGAUCGCCAAGGAAGAGCGCCGAAAAGAAGUCGAAGAGUACGGCUACAAUCCCAACAACGACCCUACCCUGCCUGUUGUCGCUACUGAUGGAUCUGAAAUGGCCGAGGAUUCCAAUGGCGGCUACCGUGGCUGGGGCAAUACUUCCAUGUCGAACCGCAAGGCUUCAACUACCCUCUCUGGCGGUCAUACCACUGGCCUGAGCGAUACUGGAAGUCAGCCUGGAGGUUUCAUGCCUGGCAGUCCUACUGGCAACAACUUCUCGGACGGACACAGUGGUGAUACUCUCAUGAAUCAGCGUGAAACUUUCAGCAGCGAUGAUCUUGGUGCUCUUGGUGCAGCCCCUGUUGCUGGAGCCCACCGUAACAACAACGAUAUUCGCCGUGGACCUUCCAAUGCCUCCUCCUCUUAUUCUGCCGGCAACCACAGUGAACGUUCCGACGUCUCGGCGGGUAUGGGCCAAUCGAACCAGGCCUACUCGCCUACAGAAAUGUAUGGAGGCAGUUUCGGUGGCUUUGGGCAGCAUGGUCCAUACGGCGAUGGCUCGUAUGGUGGCGGUGACAGUGGUAUGCCGAUCGUUCGUGACGUGAGUGCUAGGAGGAACACACGUAUCGAGGCUGGAGGCAACUACCAGUCAGGAAACAGUGGUAUUGCGCAGAACUUCUGA